CCCUGUAAUGGUCCAGUGAGCAGGAUAGUGAUGUCAUGAUCCACGUACUACACAUAAUCAACAGGGAGACUUGUAGUUGGAACCAGGAGCUGGACGCACAGAGGAGUCAGAGAAGUAACACAGUCAGAGAGAUGUCUGCUUGUCUGACCGUCGUGUGCCGCACUGUUGUCAUCUGUAUCAUCAUCACAGUCGGCUGUCCUCGAUCGGGGCUCAUGAUCUCUCACAGGAGGACCGAAGCAGUACUAACAGCCAGUGCGGUGGCCUUCAACAUUGGGAAGCCAGCCAACUUCAAAUGUCGACUCACUACACCGAGAAAUCAAAAAGAUAACUACACCGUCAACGAUCUCCGUUUCGUGUCCGUGCCCGCGUCACUUGCGGCACGUGGGGCGACGAGGGUCUUGGACAACGCUACUAUUGCGAUGUGGGUAACGUCCCUAUUUCUGAAUGACACCGGGACAUUGUAUUGUGUCACCAGCAACAAAACCCUGGCCAUGAAAUUGAUUUUUGUUGGCUCACCUCCUGUAGCGGCGUACAACAUCAGCUGUAUCUCCUACAACCAAGUUGAGCUCGGGUGCGAGGUACUGGUGGCACCAGGGCAGUUGCAGACACGAUGGACGAUCGAGUACAAAAACAGAGGUUUGGGAGGAGUGUACAAUAUGUGUAGCCACUCUACAAUAUGUGCUCUCAUCACCAACGACAUCGACGACCCCAACUACAACAUCUUCUACCCUGCCUUCAAUCACACGUUCCGCGUAAAUGCAACCAAUCGUUUCGGACGCGCCACAAAGACGUUCGAAGUGGACCCAUUUCUUGUUGUGAAGCCGGAUCAAGUAAAGAAUGUAACAGCUUGGAUCCUCAACACCACGUGCCUCAAUGUGACGUGGGGUGACGCCAGCUUCUCCGGUGUGGCUGUGCAGUAUACCGUGACAGCUAACUCCCAGCAGGUGUUUGUGUCUGGGCAUAACGACCGCCAGAUGUACUGGAUCGUCGUGUGCGACUUGCGCCCCUACAGCAGGGUGGUGGUGUCAGUUACGUCACGACCUCUACACGGAGGGUAUCCUAGUGACCCGGUAUCGACUACACACACUAUGCAAGAAGACAGACCAUCCGGGCCUCUAAUCCAAGCAGGGUCGUACACCACGCUGGCAGCAGGUGCGCGGAGGAAGAUCGCAGUUUACUGGCAGGCUAUCCCCCGUGAUCUGCAGCACGGUGUCAUCAGGGGUCUCCGUGUUAUGGUCCGCGGGAGUGAACCAAGGAGGAACACGUCAAUACUGGCUGAACAGAUUGUACCUAACACCAGUGUGUCGGCCCUUGUCGACGUCGACCUCAGCAUGUCUGUGGAUUAUGUGAUGUCGGUGCAGGCCUGGACGAAUGUCGGCUACUCCGAUGUCACGGAUAGAUCGAGAAUCUAUAUACCUGUUGCAUCUCAGAAACUGACUACAGCAAGAUGGGUAGACGCCGUCCUCGUGGAUGAUGAUGUCUAUGACAUAUACUGGGAUCCCGUCAUCAAUUCGGCGACAUCUACGACACGACUUCACUGGUGUUACGGCCAAAUGACCAGUCCAGGCUAUGUCUCUUGUGAGACAAGUAUCCAAGCCAGAGUUGAGGGGGAAGCUGACGGAGAUGGCGCUGAGGUGGAGGUCGGGGAAAGGUUCGUCACCACGUGCAGUGCAUGUGUCUGGCAUUUCGGAGUUUCCAUGGAAACCGACGGAAUAAAUAGCGGAAUCGUAUGGAAUCAAUGCAAAUUCCAAAAAUUCAAAGUACCGCUCGUCAAUGAUGUCGUCGUGAACAGACUGACGGAGACAUCGGUGGAGGUGACGUGGGGCGUGCCGUGUCUGAUGAUGAACUAUGGCAGACCAGAGUUUAUUGAUGUUGCAGUUAUACCUGGGAAUAUUGACCCGGGACGUUGCGACAACUUUCACCCUGUGACGGUGACGGCAAAGCACGACGGCGACUCCGUCAUCCUGAAGGUGGGCGGCUCCUCCUACAGGGUGUGCGUCAGAGCUGUGGGAGGAGGAGUACAUGGACCCUGGGUCAGGAGGAACGUCACGACCCCGGGGUCUGUAGCUCUCGUUCCACCGGAAGUGAUUGUUGGGGUGCCAGUCAGCUGUUCAACACUCGCAGCCGCCAUCUUGAUAACUUCCAUAUAUUUCUGCAGAAGAAAAAAAUGGUUCGCCAAGAUUCAAAUCCAGCUACCGACUUUAAUCAACCAUUUGGGAAACCCUGCACCAGAAGAAGGCCGUUUUCUUCCUUCGGGGAAUGUUUCCUCGGAGACCUCCACAGCUACCAAGAUGAAGGUCAGUUAUCGGGAUGAAUCCAAGACACUGUCCAACUUGGAGUCCAGAAACGAAACAGUGGGAACAGGCCUCUUGACCUAUGUCAUUGCAGGGGACGACGUCUCCAUGGACAACAGCAUCGACAUUUGUGUGGACAUUUCAAGUUUAUCAUCAGUGGAUGGAAACACCGAGCGCGUUGGUGAGAAAGUCGAUAAUAUGGCCACGAAACACAGGAUGAGAGCGAGCAACUUCACCUUACAAGGCUCUGAAUCAGGAUGUGGUCAGGAUGUGUGGUUGCAGGGAAGCUGUGCGGGUGUCGCCGGGUCAUCGGAGUUUCCAGAUUAUAAUGUAUGUGUUGGCGAGCCUUGCGACACAGAUGGAGACGGCCUGGAUUGCUAUCACACGUGUUCCUUUGUUCGUGAACCCGUGCAGAACGGUGUGGGAAAGCAGCAUGGCGUGUCAGACAAUCAGAUAUGUACGUGAACGAGUGGCAUGUUGCGGUGAGACAACAGGGACCGCAUAUUGACCAGACUAAUAUACACACAUGAAGGCUGACGUAUAAUCGGCGCGUACACUGAAAGUCUCAGCUAUGCUUGUAGCAGUUGCUCUGAUGUGUCUAUCGGCAGAUCGAUACGUGAUCGAUAGUGAGAGCAUCCUCGGAUCCAUCCAUCUCACGGUUGGGUCUGUCUUGGGGGUGACACACGCAGGUAUUAACUACCCGGAAGCUUGAAGUAACUUUGUCUUCAAUGUGGUCUGGUAUGAAGUGGUUGUAUCAUCACGUCUAGACGUCUCGGGCUUCAGACGAAGGUGAGCUGGAGGAAGGUAUCCACUGUUGUAUGGGGUGGUAUGCAAGGGCUAUGUUUGGACUGCAAACCUGGUUUGUUGUGAUUACUUACUUACGUGGAGUGUGACGAUGGAGCUUGUCCUGUGUCGUCGA